CGUGCCGGUUUCGUGUUUUGUUUAUUAGACGGCACACAAGAUGGCGCUGCUGUUGCUGCUCAUAAAAUGUGUUAUUAUGAUGGUUUUAUGUUUUAAGAUAUGUUCUUUUGAAUCUGAUAGCGAUGUUAAUUUAGAACCAACUGGUUAUAUGAGAAGAGAAUAUUCCUUAAUUAAACCCUUUCAUGCUUUGCAGUAUUGGGAAAUUCUUGGAUCAACAAUGGUUUCUGUAGAUUAUCUUCGUCUAACUCCAGAUGAGCGGAGCAAAGCUGGAUCAGUAUGGAAUAUCUUGCCAUGUUAUAUACGCAAUUGGGAGAUACAUAUUAACUUUAAAAUUCAUGGUCAUGGCACUCGUUUGUAUGGUGAUGGAUUUGCAUUUUGGUAUUCAAAAGAACGUGCUCUGCAAGGUCCAGUUUUUGGUAAUAAAGACUACUUUACAGGAUUGGCAUUGUUUUUUGAUACUUAUGCUAAUCAAAACGGUGAACACCAGCAUGAACAUCCUUAUAUUUCUGCUCAAGUUUCAAAUGGUUCAGUGCAUUAUGAUCAUGAUCGUGAUGGUACACACACACAGCUUGCGGGUUGUUCAGUUAAUUUCCGUGGUGUUGCAGGCGAAACACAUGUUGCUAUUAGAUAUCUUGGAUCAAAAAAAAGAUUAACAGUGCAAUAUGAUAUAGAUAAUGAUGAUUCUUGGAAGGAAUGUUUAGACAAAUAUGGUGUUGAGAUGCCAACUGGAUAUUAUUUUGGUUUAUCUGCUCAGACUGGUGAUCUUUCAGAUAAUCACGAUAUACUUUCCCUGAAAUUUUACGAGCUUGAAAACGACGAGGAAGAAGGCGAUUACUCAAAUAUUAUACCAAAUUCAAAUGAAUCAGAACCUGAUAGAGAACAUGUUGAUGAUCCAUCUAAACCUUCAACGCGUCGUGAACAAGCCAUGAACUGGCUCUUGGUGAUACUUUUAUUUGUGACUUUUGCUGGUGGUUUAUCGUUUUACUUUUACCAAAAAAAGCAAAACGACAUGAAGCGAUUUUACUAAGAA